ACUUGUUCUUUGUUCUUCGUUCGUUUGUCCUUUUUUACAUUUACUCUUUUUUUAUUCUAAAUAAAUAUUCCAUCAGUUCUCCCCAUUUUCUUCUCACCUUUUGCUUCUCUCUUCUUCAACCAUGGCCUCAUCUUCAAUUCAAGAAGGUGGAGAUAUGGAUCUGGAGAAAGGACUGGUGAGUCCACAUCCGAGUCAUAAUUGCGGCAUUGAAGCUUCGCCGGUACCAUCACCUUCCUCAACUGCAACAAUGACUCCUGCUUUGAUCCUAUCGAAUUCCAGCAAGCGUAUUGAUAGGAUGGGAAGUAGCCUCACCAGUUGCAGUUCUACUGUUACGGACCACUCAGCAACACCAUCACCCUCAUCUAUAGCAACGGCCCCAGCAUUGAUCCUAUCAAAUUCUAACAAGCGGAUUGACAGGAUGUCCAGUAGCCUCACCAAUUCCAGUUCUGGUACUGGAGAACCCUCAGCAACACCGUCACCAUCGUCAGCAACAGCCCCUGCUCUGGUCCUAUCGAAUUCUGGCAAGCGCAUUGAUCAGGCUAGCAAAAAGAAAUAUGUGAAACAGGUAACCGGACGCCAUAAUGACACUGAGCUGCACUUGGCAGCACAGCGUGGUGAUUUGGCAGCUGUGAAGCAGAUUCUUGCCGAUAUUGAUUCGCAGAUGAUGAAGACUGCAAGUGGUGAAGAUUUUGAUAUGGAGGUCUCGGAAAUACAGGCUAGUGUGGUUAACGAGGUAAAUGAGUUGGGGGAGACUGCCUUGUUUACUGCUGCGGAGAAAGGACACCUUGAUGUUGUCAAGGAGUUGCUAAAAUACUCAAACAAAGAGACUGUUACUAAGAAGAAUAAAUCUGGGUUUGAUCCGUUGCAUAUUGCUGCAAGCCAAGGGCACCAUGGUAUUGUCCAGGUGCUACUAGAUCAUGAUCCUGGUCUAUGCCAAACAUUUGGGCCAUCGAAUGCAACCCCUCUUGUCUCAGCAGCUACCAAAGGGCAUACGGCUGUAGUUAAUGAGCUGCUAUCGAGAGAUGGUGGCUUGCUAGAGAGUACGAGAUCAAACGGGAAAAAUGCAUUACAUCUAGCUGCUCGACAGGGGCAUGUAGAUGUCGUGCAAACAUUGUUGAGCAAAGAUCCGCAGUUGGCGAGAAGAACUGACAAGAAAGGACAGACAGCAUUGCACAUGGCUGUUAAAGGGCAGAGCUGUGAGGUGGUGAAGUUGCUUCUCGAGGCAGAUGCUGCUAUUGUGAUGCUCCCGGACAAGUUCGGGAACACCGCACUACAUGUAGCCACUAGGAAAAAGAGAGCAGAGAUUGUUGAUGUGUUGUUGUCCCUUCCUGAUAUGAAUGUCAAUGCACUCACCAGAGACCAUAAAACGGCUUUUGACAUAGCUGAAGGGCUUCCACUCUCUGCAGAAUCUGCAGAAAUAAAGAGCUGCCUUUCUCGUAAAGGUGCUCUCAGAGCUAAUGAACUGAAUCAACCGAGGGAUGAGUUGAGGCAGACGGUGACGCAAAUUAAGAAAGAUGUUCAUACACAGCUCGAACAAACCAGAAGAACCAACAAAAAUGUUCAUAAUAUUUCGAAGGAACUUAGAAAACUCCACCGAGAAGGAAUCAAUAACGCCACGAAUUCCGUGACUGUGGUAGCCGUUCUAUUUGCAACGGUUGCUUUUGCAGCUAUAUUUACCGUGCCUGGAGGAGAUCAAGAUAGCGGGGUUGCGGUGGUGGUAAGCUCGAGUUCUUUCAAAAUCUUCUUCAUCUUCAAUGCUAUUGCCCUCUUCACCUCUUUGGCAGUUGUCGUCGUUCAAAUUACUUUGGUCCGAGGUGAAACCAAAGCCGAGAAACAGGUGGUGGAAGUGAUUAACAAGUUGAUGUGGUUGGCCUCUGUCUGCACUUCAGUUGCCUUUAUGGCCUCCUCGUAUAUAGUGGUGGGCCGGAAACAUAAGUGGGCUGCAAUUUUGGUUACCGUCGUAGGGGGUUUGAUAAUGGCAGGAGUUCUCGGCACCAUGACUUACUAUGUGGUGAAAUCGAAGAGGACUAGAAGGAAGAGGGGAAAGAAUUCAAGGAGAAGUGGAUCCAACUCUUUGCUUCAUUCCGACUUCACUAAUUCGGAAGUCGAAGUCGAUAGGAUUUAUGCCCUCUAAUACACCCGAAAUGGCAUAUGCGGAAGAUAAGAUUAAAUAAGGA